GCAUUCGGGAAAUUCAAGUCCAACGUUUAUUAGAACAAGGCGAAACGCCAGUCGGGUAGUGCAGUGACGUCCAAAAACUGUGCAAAAAUGGUGCUGGAAAGUACGAUGAUCUGUUUCGACAACAGCGACUACCAACGCAAUGGGGAUUACUUCCCGACUCGCAUGAAUGCCCAGAAGGAUGGAAUAAAUCUCGUGUGUCUCACCAAAGUGCGCUCGAAUCCGGAGAAUAAUGUCGGCCUGAUGACCAUGGCGAAUACUGUGGAGGUCCUGGCCACACUCACCAGCGACGUGGGCAGGAUCCUCUCCAAGAUGCACCUGGUGCAGCCCAAGGGGAACAUUAAUCUCUUAACGGGGAUCCGCAUAGCGCACUUGGUGUUGAAGCACCGCCAGGGAAAGAAUCACAAGAUGCGGAUUGUGGUGUUCGUGGGCUCUCCGGUGACCAAUGAGGAGCUCGAGCUGGUGAAGUUGGCCAAGAGGCUCAAGAAGGAGAAAGUGAACGUGGACAUUGUGAGCUUUGGGGAUCAUUCUUCCAACAACGAGAUUCUCAAUGCAUUCAUCAAUGCCCUGAACGGAAAGGACGGAACAGGAUCUCACCUGGUCAGCGUGCCUCGGGGCUCCGUUCUCUCGGAGGCGCUCAUCUCGUCGCCAAUCAUUCAGGGUGAGGACGGUAUGGGCGGCGCGGGACUGGGUGGCGCUGGCUUUGAAUUCGGCGUGGAUCCCAAUGAGGAUCCGGAGUUGGCUCUGGCCUUGCGUGUGUCUAUGGAGGAGCAGCGCCAACGCCAGGAGGAGGAGCAGCGUCGCGCCAUGGCGGCCGAUGCAGCGGCUAAUCCGACUGGAGGAACAGCUGGCCAGGAAGCGCUGCCAGGCGAUGAGCCGCAUUCCGAGGAGACGCUUCUGCAGCGCGCCUUGGCGCUGUCCACGGAGACGCCGGCCGAUGAUGAUGGCAUGCCGGACUUCGCCAAUAUGACUGAAGAGGAACAGAUCGCAUUCGCCAUGCAAAUGUCAAUGCAGGAUGCACAAGAACCCGUGGGACAAGCACCGGCGCGCCCGAAGAAAGAGGAGACGCCAAUGGAGGUCGACGAGGACUACAAUGAAGUGAUCAGUGAUCCAGCUUUUCUGCAGAGCGUACUCGAGAAUUUGCCCGGUGUUGACCCGCAAUCGGAAACGAUUCGAGAUGUCGUUGGAUCGCUCAACAAAGAUAAGAAGAGCAGCGACAAAGAUAAAGACAAGCAAGGUCAAUAG